GCUGGGUGCAGUGGGCGCUUGUCAAACUCUAUUGUCAUUUUCCUUCACGUAUACACGGUUAGCGUUGAACGAGUUAUUUACCUUUUUCUCACGAAAAUCGCCAUUUUUGGGCGAUGAAAGGUAUUGUAUUGCAAAAUAUCACAGAUUACAGUGAUAUUGGUACUAUAAGUUCUGGUUUAAAAGUGCUCAAAUGAUGGUAAAGAGGGUGAAAAUAAUGUGUGGAAAAGAUAGGCAUUGAUGUGAUAUGUGUUUUGAAACAGUCAUAAGGUGUACAAUGAGUCAGAGGGAGAUUGGAGCAAUUUCCCCAUGGUCUCAUCGAUGAUGGAUUUUCUUGUACCUUCAUAUACCUGUUCCUCGAAUAAAAUUGUGUAUGGCAGUGUCAAUAAACUCGAAGCCCCUGCUCUUUACAGUGUAAAAGACAUUAAUGGUGUGUAAAAACGCAUUACACAUGCCUUUUUUCUCGUCAUCCACUUCGCAAUGUGCCAAGUGGAUUAUUGCUUCCUACUUUUGUGUGAAAUACUGAGCUAUCCAUCGUCUCGUUUAAAGAGCAGUAAGUCGGGAAUUAUCAAAAGGCAUAAAAGAACAUGAUUCAUUGUAAGAUCAAAAACUAUUUCGACAAUCGUAUAUCUUGAAAGUACGAAGACAUUUUUUAAACAAUGGCAAGUACUAGCGAAAGUGGACGGGCUUCAAAUAUAAGUGUCACAAGCAUUAACUGUGAACAAGAUGACAUCCAACAAAGUGCUCUUGAGGUUGCGACAGCGAAUCAGGGAAAUAUUUCAGGAAGUGUACUGACAACAAGAGCCACUACCCCAAACCAUUUUUACGGUGGUGGUGGAAGUAUUCGGAUUUCUGUACCCAAAAUGGAAGAGUCUGAUGAGUCUGAUAAUGAAUUGCUAACAAUUGAGGAGAGUGCUAAAGUGAAUAUGAGGAGCAAAAGUGAAAGCAAUAAUUCCAAGACUGCCCCCAGGCCAAUGUCGUGGGAAGGUGAACUAUCCGAGCAUGAGGAUGUAAUGGAUGUGGAUAAUGUGACUGGCAAUGGGGAUGGGUCAAAAUUAGCUGAAUAUCCAGGAAUUGAUAAAUUUAAUCAUCCAGUUAUAAAAGUAGAGCAGCGAGAUUUGGAAACUAAAGAGGAAAAGGCACCAGAAGAAGCAAUUUCUCUCACAGCUAAAGUCUCUAAUGAGACCACUAAUGCAACUGCGAUAGAUUCUACUUCAAAGCACAUAAUUCAAAAUGAUGUGGUUAAUUUGAAAGUGGAAUCUAAUUUACCAGAAUUCAAUUCAUCUGUGCAGGCACCUCUUUUAGUGCGUUCAAAAACUACCCUUUUACCUGCAAAUCCCAGUCCUGACUCAGCAAUACACUCAGUGUACACACAUAGCUCUCCAAGCCAAUCACCUCUUACGUCGCGACAUAAUAUAUAUACACCUUCCUUGAGUCGCAAUAACAGUGAUGCUUCACACAGUAGUUGCUAUUCUUAUAGUUCAGAAUUCAGCCCAACACACUCCCCCAUUCAAGGACGUCAUAGCAUGUAUGGUAGCGUAGCUCUCAAUGGUUCACCUUUGCAUCAUUCUGUGCUCUAUAGACCAACAGUAUAUUCCGUUGAUGCGGAAUCUACAGCAAAUAGGGCAUGUUUUGAUGAUUCCACGACACUGGAGAGUGAGACAUUACCAUCAGCCGGAAUAUCAAGGCAACAGCUCAUCAAUAGUCCUUGUCCCAUUUGUGGUGACAAGAUCUCUGGAUUCCACUACGGAAUUUUUUCCUGUGAAUCAUGCAAGGGUUUCUUUAAGCGAACCGUUCAGAAUAGGAAAAAUUAUGUUUGUGUCCGAGGAUCAGCAUGUCCAGUUACAAUUGCGACGAGAAAAAAGUGUCCAGCGUGUCGAUUUGAGAAGUGCCUUCAGCGCGGCAUGAAACUUGAAGCAAUUCGGGAAGACAGAACACGUGGUGGUAGAUCCACAUAUCAAUGUUCGUUUACACUUCCGGGUUCUAUGCUUUCGCCAUCCGUAAUAUCAUCAUCGGAUUCUUCGGGAUGUCAUCAAAACUACCGGAUGAACGUGCCACCACUGAAAGUUGAAUCAUGCGAGAGUGGCCCAAUGAGUGGUUCUAAGCCACGUAUACCAUCACUUUUACAGGAAAUUAUGGAUGUAGAAUAUCUUUGGCAGUACAACGAAUCUGAACUGCUAAGACUUAACCAGCCACCAGCAGUGACUGGUAGUGUACCGAAUGGAACACAAGCAACGAAUCCUCUGCUCGCUAGUGCUGGAUUAUCACAAUCGGACAACUCAAAUCCCGAUUUAAUCGCAAAUUUAUGCAAUAUAGCCGACCACAGGCUCUACAAGAUUGUAAAAUGGUGCAAGAGUCUUCCCUUGUUCAAAAACAUUUCGAUCGAUGAUCAAAUUUGUCUCCUAAUUAAUUCAUGGUGCGAAUUGCUUCUGUUUUCGUGUUGCUUCCGAUCUAUUUCGACUCCAGGCGAGAUUCGAAUAUCACAAGGGAAAUCUGUAACCUUGGCUCAGUCACGAUCUAGUGGACUUCAGGCAUGUGUUGAAAGAAUGUUGAAUUUGACUGAUCAUUUGAGGCGCCUUCGUGUUGAUCGCUAUGAAUAUGUGGCAAUGAAAGUCAUAGUUUUACUGCAAUCAGACACAUCAGAAUUGAAGGAACCUGAAAAAGUGCGCACAAGUCAAGAGAAAGCCCUUCAGGCACUUCAGGCUUACACAUUAGCUCAUUAUCCUGAAUCACCUGCUAAAUUUGGAGAGCUUUUGCUACGAAUUCCUGAAUUGCAACGGACUUGCCAGGUCGGUAAGGAAAUGUUAACAAUAAAAUCAAAGGAUGGUGAUGAAUUUGAUCUACUUAUGGAGUUAUUGCGAGGUGAGCAUUGACGAAAUUUUCAGUGGCGGCAGAUUCUGUACUAUCAAAUAGAUUACAUAAAAAUAUUUAUAUUAUGCCGAGAUAUAAAAAAAAAUGUGUCUUCAUUUACUGACAUUUAAAAAAUGUUUUGAAGGUAUAAUCAAUGCAGUGUUUCGUGGAAGAAAAAAAAAUUACUUUUUUUAUAAUUAAAAACCGUGCUAAUAGAAUUCAUAAAGAAUUUAUGUAAUAUUUUAGUAGUACAUAUUAUGACACAGUUAAUUUUUCUUAAAAAAAAUUAUAUGUAGAACAAUUAAAUAUGUAUGUGAGAUGUAAUGGUAUAAUCUGUCAAAUUAGCAUUAUAUGUAAUUAAUAUAUCAUUUUUAAGAAAGAAAAAGUAUAAUAUUUGUGAAGAAAUUUGAAAACUUUUUCUUAAACAAGAGAAAACAAUUUAUUUUUUAUAAGAAAUUUUUAGUAAUUACAUAAAACUUGAAAAUAUUUUUUAAGGAUAUUAAUGACGUAAAAAUGUGCCUUUGAGAAUAACUUUGUAUGUAAUGUAUGGUAAAUUGCAUCACAGAGAAAUAAUUCUCGUUAAUUUGAUGUUUAAGUGGUAUGAUUUUUACGCUUUAUCGUGAAGUCGUUUUUGACAUUCAUUCACAUAAAAUAAGUAUGAAAAUUCAGUAAGAAAAAGUACUGUAAAUCGGUGAAUAGUAAUUAAGCAUAGAUUAUGUUACUAUUUUUUUAUCUUUCUCAGUUUAAAUAACAAAAUUAAAUUGAUUUUUUUUAUUUUUCUGUGGUCUUACGAUUUUUAAAGUAUAUUUAAACAUAUUUAGAAUGUGUGACAUCUGAAAAUCAAAUCUUUAGCUGCAUUUUCCCAUUUUCUGGGAACAGAUCUGUGAUCUUUUAAUUAAAUGGAAAUACAAAAAAGAGCGAUAUAUUGAAUAUUCACUCUUGACUAAAAAUGAACUUCUUUUUAAUUUAAGAGUAAUUUUUGUCUUAGCAGAAUAAUAAGUAAUUUCAAAAUUAGAUUUAAUUAAAUUUGUCAAGCGUAUGAAUAGUGAUUGCUUCAAUAUUUUGCAAUUUAUUUAAACGACACGGUUAAGGUCUAUGUAAAUUGAUAUUCGAAAAUGAUAUUCGAGAUUUCAGAGCAACACGAUAGGGACCAAAAAUAUUCGUGGAAAUCUCGAAAAUUGUCUUAGCUAUUAAAAAAACACAAUCAUUUUUGAGUGUUCAUUUGCAUGGAAGUUAAUUGAUAAGAAAGGCUGCUAUAUAAAAAUCAAUACAUAUAUUUUUAUAUUAAUUGAUAACGUAACAUUAAUAAUAUUUUUAAAGAUGUAAGGUGUAUUUUUUUUUAAUUUUCUUUUGAACUAUUUCAAUGUGAAAAAAUUAAAAUUUAUUGUUUUAUUUAUAAUAAGAAAACUUUUCAUGAUGUGCCCUGAGAUUGUUUUAUCUUUUAGAUUCAAUGGAGUUCAUGUUAAAAAAGACUAAAGUAAAAGAAAAUGUGAGCCUUCCAAACUCAUAAAUUCACUUAAAAAGCUCAGUAUUAGAGUGAUAAGUAAAAAAGAGCAAUUAUUUUAUAUUAACAAUAAAAGAGAGAAUUUGCAUUCAUAAUAAGACAAUUUACAUAUUGCAAAAUAAACAUUUAUUAAAUUUAUGAACAGUA